AUGUCGUCAAAAAGUGUAUCUUUAAUAUCAAAUCAGACAUUUUUAGCUAAAUUUUUAUCUCUGGAUCAGCCAAAAGACAAGAUUCAAGUGACGUAUGUCUAUGAAUAUCCGGGUAAUCGAGACAGCGAUGGUCACUAUUAUCCACAAUUAUGUGCCAAAACUAAAGUUAUUGAUUUUGUACCCAAUAAUGUCAAUGACUUACCCGUUUGGUGCAGCGGUAGUAUGUAUUCAUUCAAAGAAGAAGUAUAUAUGAAACCGGUCCGCAUAUAUAGCGAUCCAUUCAGAGGUGGUAAUAAUAAACUAGUGUUGUGUGAGACCUAUACUGAUGAGAUGACACCACACCCGGUCAACCAUAGACACAGUUGUAAUGAGUCCAUGAAGAUGGCUAGCGAUGACAAACCGUGGUUUGGCUUUGAACAGGAAUACAUAUUAUUGGAUGGAAACACUAACCGACCUUUGGGUUGGCCUAAAGGAGGUUAUCCUAAACAUCCCACAGAACUCGAUGUCAUAUAUUUUCAAGGAAUUGGUGCCAACCGUGUCGUCGGUCGAGAUGUAGUCGAGGCUCACUUCAGGGCCUGUCUUUACGCCGGCGUUAACAUUACAGGCGAGAAUGCAGAGGGAUUACUGGCUCAAUGGGAAUAUCAGAUCGGUCCGUCUGAAGGCAUACUUCUCGGUGAUGAUGUAAUGAUGUCGCGAUAUAUAUUGCAUAGAGUGGCAGAAAUGUUAAAUAUUGUCAUAACAUUUGAUCCGAAACCGGUUCCGGGUUGGUUUGGUUCGGGCGGACACAUGAACUUCAGUACGGCUGGAAUGCGGGCAAAGGGUGGCAUUACUCAGAUUGAUAGUGCCGUUGAUAAACUGUCCAAAAGACACGCACAUCAUAUUAAAGUAUACGAUCCCCGCGGAGGACUUGACAAUCAACGACGACUUCAGGGCGCAGCCUUCACAUCAAAAAUAGAUGACUUUACUUCAGGAGUGGCCGACAGAUCAACAAGUGUGCGAAUCCCCAAACAGGUGGCUCAGGCAGGCUGUGGAUUCAUUGAGGACAGACGUCCCGCUUCUAACUGUGAUCCCUAUCAAGUGACCGAAGCGUUGGUCCGAACGUGUUGUCUAAAUGAAUGA